UAUCGGUGAGUGGGCUGCAAGUCAAAUUAGCUCUCCGUCAUCCUGCUCGCUGAGCGCACCCGAGGCUACUGCGGUAAGAUGCGGCGACGCACGAUGUCGAGCCGCGGUGGGUGAAGGGAUGCGCAAAUGGUCGAACGAGCGGCGAGAAAAGAUGAGAGGAGGAGAAAAAACAAAAAAGAUUCACCGUGCUGUUCGGCGCUGAUUUAGACGAUGGGGCAGAGCUGAGUGCGUGUUUGACUUGAUUUGUAACGCUGUAGCUCCAAGUGGUGCAGGCCGACUGGAUGGGAUGUGGUGGCGCUGAUCCCGCUGAAGGAUGCUCCAGAGCCCCGAGGAGGAAGAAAGGGCUUCUCCUGUAAACAACAAGGAAGCAGAGAGGCGUCCAGUGAAGGGCACUUAAUGUAAAGCUCGGACAGGAGGCAUCGAACCAGGUUGUUCUGUGACAGCUGAGUCAGUCUCCUGUGCUGACAGUGAAGCUCUGACGACGGCGUCACUGUGCAUCGGCCUGGAGGAAAGCAAACUUCUCAUUAUCCUCUCUCUCACGGUCUCUCUCUGACAGCUGGACGUCUGACCUGGGCGUUUGUUUUCCUCGUCACACCUUCAAAGUUAAGGAGCGAUGAAGGGAAACUGAAAACACCACCAUUAGGAAAACAACAGAUUCUGUUUUUGUCGACGAGAAUGAACUGUUAUUAAUCUGUUGUUCAUCAGCGUGAGAGUCAGCUCUCUUAUCGGCUUUCUUGACAGUAGUUUAGCUUUUCUAUCAUGCUCGGUGUGAUUUUUCCAGACUUUAAUAUUUUAAACAUUAGAGCUAUUAUGCUCUGAAUCAAACACAAGACUCUUGAUGGUGCCAGUGUUCCCUCUUACAUGACCGGCUGCGCUUUAAUAAAGGAUAAGUGAAUAAAUCAUAAAUGAGGCCAACAGCAGGCACCAUGCUGCAGCAGAAUAACAACAAUAACUACCCCUGCCUGAAUGUGUCAGGCUCCACCCGGGACAUGCUCCAGAAGUGCUCCAGAGCCUCCCUGCCCUUCCACAGCAGGAUGGAGCUCGGCCUCGGAGACCUGCCGCUGAUCCGGGGGCUACGAGCCUGGGCCCUCUUCUCCAAGAAUCGAAAGAAGGCUGGAGGUCUCCUGGGAGGAGGUCAAGCGCCCGUUGCUCCUCCCGCGGGCCGAGGCGGUUCGACUUCUUGCCCCCGGCCUGCUGAUGUGUACCUCAGCGGUGAGUGGGGCGGCAUGGGCUACGGGAUUCCCUUGGGGCUGGACGCCGGGCAGGCCGGGAUCGGAGCUUUGGUGACGGUCGCCACCUUGAAGACAUCAGAGGGCAGCGGGAAGACUCAGACUCAGUGCAUCUUCCUCCGGACUGAGAAAGGGAGCUGUUUGUACUCGACAGCUAAACCCGGUUGUGGUAUGACCUCCAGUGCAGCCUCCAGUGUUGGAGGAUGGCUGAGAGGGAAGACAGGAGGAGGAGGAGGAGGAGGCGGGAGCAGAGACACCCCAGCCGGUAGGAGGGACAAUGGGCCAACUCCACCGGCACAGACUGGAGCAAACCGGGUUAGAGUGCGAUCUGGCCGGAGAUGGAGGAAGUCCUGUAAUGCAGCGGGCCGGGAGAAAAGUGGCUCGAGCAGAGAGCAGCAGCGGAGCGGUGGCGAAGUUCCUGCAGGAGAAAUCAUCCAAGAAGAAAGGCAGGAAGAGGGAGACAAAGGAAGCCUGGACUUUGAACAGUUUCCCAGCCCUCAGCAGGACAACAACAGGAGAGCGUGCAGAAGUCCCAGAUGCAGCCACCACGACUCUCCUGAAACCUGCACUCGGUGUGGAAGGAGCGCACAGAGGAAGGGAAGCCAGGAUGAAAACGAGGGAGGCGAAAAUCCAAGAGGAGUCAUCCAAAACAAGCUGGACAUCGAGCUGGAGGGAGUAAGGAAGGAGAAGCAGAAGAAUGAGGAGGAGGAGGAGGAGGAGGGAAGCGUCUGCGGCUUGGAGUCGUCUAAUUCGUCUGUUUUGGAUGUACCAAACCCUGACCCAGAAUCUAACCACCAUAACCCAGAAUCCCACAGCGGCUGUGAUGUCGAAGAGAUUAGAGAAGCAGAGAGUAACGAGAAAACCUCUCACAUCAAGGACGACUGUUCAGAGAACAAAGAGGCUACAGACUCUGAGGAAAUGAAAGUACAAACUAGGAACUAUGAUUUUAGUCAUGACCGGUCUCCGAGGGCAACUGAUGACAUUUCAUCAGGACAUAUCAGAGAUAUUGAUCACAGAAAACCAGGAGAGAUCCCCUGUGAAGACACAGCCGCUAAUGUAAAUGGAUUUCCUGACUGUGUGGACACAGAUCACGAAUCAGAGAUUGUGAAUGUUGAGGAGGAGGAGGAGGAGAAGGGAAUUAAUCAGACUCUUGCUGAACUCUCUGUCGUAGCAAACCGCUCUGAGGACGCCUCCGCCUCCACCUGCGCUGAGCCCUCCGCUCCUGCAGAGGGCAGCACCUGCCAUGAAGAUCACAAGAGUUUUGUUGUUUUGGGGGAGAAAGAGAACAGCAAAGAAGAUCAAAUUGAAGGGUAUCAACAAGGGGUAGCAGAUGGACCGGAUGAUAGCCCAUUUGAGCUGCAAGAAGCAAACCGUGCCAACACUGUGAACGAGGACAUAAAACCUCAGUUUUUCUUUAAAAACGUAGAAAUCAGCAGCAAAAAAGAAGAGAUAGAGGCUUCGUCUUUCUCCCUGAGACACACAAGUCCCCCCAUCUUUGAAAUUAGCGUGAGGAUAGGAGAAGAAAACAGAUGCAAUUAUAGUGGGACUGAGCUUAUUGGAGCAGAUUUUAGAGAUGAGGCGGUGUUGGAGGAGAAAGAAGAGGAGUCACGGGAGGGAAAUAAAGAGGAGAGAGUAAAUCUUCAGGAAGGGGAAGAAGCAGAGGAGAUUUUGAGUAAAGACUGCAUCUCCAGUGUGCACGAUUCUGAUGGUAAAGAGAUUAGUGUCAAAGAGGCUGAGGAGGACAUUCAUGUAAAUAGCAUACAGGACAAAGUAGUAAGAAGCUGUGCACUGAAACACGAGUGUGCAGGUGGAUGCAGGGUGAGUGAGGCUGGAGACACCUGUGGACAAACAAGCAUCGCGCACGUUGAAUUAAACGGAGAGACCAGCACCAACGUCACUAAUGUUCCCUGUGCUGAUCCCUCCACCUCCAUUACACUCUCCACGGCUAAUCCUGCCCCCUCUCAGCCCCCCUUGGGAUCCAUGGCAACCGGCCUGCCCUGUCUGGAGGCGGAGAAGGAGGAGGUGGAGGAGGAGGAGGAGGAGGAGGAGGAAAGGGUAGGAGUGACGGCAGAAGACGGGGAAGGAGGCCAGGAAGGGAAGCGGAGGCACGGGAGAGAGCUGGAGGAGGAGAGGGUCUCCACCGUGGCCUCUGAGGAGGGGAGGAAAGAGGAGGCGGAGGGGGAGGAGGAAGAUGAGUUUGGAGUAUUCAUGCAGGCGGAGGGAGAGCCGGCCUGGAGCGAGGGAUCCAGCAUGUCUGCCUCAGUGCCUUGUGGGAGCAGAGGGAGUGUUGCACUUGGAAACCACGCCAUCACUGGAGAGUCGACUCACUGGACACCCGGCUGGACGGACAGCUCGUUCCCCCAAUCAGACGACACCUGGACGGCCUUUCCUCAGGAUUCGUCAGACGGCGGUCGAGACGCAGACGGACAGUGGUGGCCGACCUGCGCUGUGGAGCAGAGCAGAGAAAAGCUCUUGGCCAAUCAGAAUCUGGCGUCUGUCUUCGCUGAGGCCUUCCCGUCGCUGCCUGCUUCGUCCUCAAGUGACCUCGAUACUGUUCCCACCCUGACCCAGAUCCUCCGAGGCAGGGCAGACCAGGACCAGGGGCUGUUGGACAGUUUCCAUGACUUGAACAAAAUGAUUUGUCAGAGAUACAAGAGAGCCAAUGGCGUGUCUCGUGACCUCCUCCUGACGAUGUUUCACCUGGAGCAGCCGCACGCUGAGGUCAAACCUGCUCCUCGGACAGCCAAUCGACGACUCUCCCCUGGCCUUCCCUCGGCCAAUCAGCAUGCUCAGAAUGCUGCUGCCAAGCGACGGCUGUCAUAUGACUACAACAGAAACAUCAUGGAGUAACUGAGCAGCUUCGGCUCUUGGUUGGAUUUUGAUGAAGAGCUGCAGCUUGAACCUGAGCUGGGCACAACAGACUGACCGCAGGUUUCCGUCGACUCUGGAUUCACCUCCGGCGGUCUAUCUGCUCGCAAAAAUAACUGAGCGACCUUUUGGCUCUUUGCACUUCCUGGUUCUUAAAGCUCGAACCCGGUGACAAGACGUAACCUUGAUAAAAAUGAAACAACUCUUUCGGUUGUGUUUCAGAAGUCGUCUCCUCCAGCUCCCGUCGAUGUAAACCGCUGGAGUGUUUCAUGACUCACCCUGUGCCACCUCGUUCACCACCACAACCAUUUUCAUUUUUCCAACUCCACCAUGAGGACAGCGCGACGUCACAGACUGAUUGGAGCAUGAUGACGCCCAAGUUAACAGGCACUCAUAUUAGAGGAAAAGUCAUAAAUGCUUUUAUAUAACUACACACCCCUGAAAUUGUCCCUCCUGUUGUUUUAUCAGAGAAGAUUUAAAGAGAAACACGUCUUCACUUUAGAGCUGCUUGGAGGGCAGAAAGCGUCUCUUUGUUUGAGUUUCAUACCAACGAGCCAAACAAGAAUGAAACAUCGCCGAUUCUGCUUCUUUGUGAUGAUUGCAUUCAUCGUUCUGGAGGUCACCUUUCCAUGGACUGAUCUGUUUUGAUGGAAGUAUUUGCUGUUUCAUUUUUGAGUCUGCUGUCACUAGUUAACCUUGGUUAUUCUCUCCCCCCCCCUUUCUACUCAUGUUAUCUUUUGUCUUGAGAUGAGAAUAAUUGUUUCACUCAAACAACGAGACGUUUUCUUCCUCUGGAGCCGCUCUGACAGAAAGAUCGGGAGAACCGAUUGUGUGUCUAAAGCCAACUUACAACUUACACUCACUCAAUGUAUCCAGAUGUUCAAGGAGGCAGAAUGCCAGGAACACUGACUGUGAUAUUUUCUUACGGAUAUUAUGGUUAUUUAACACUGAGCUGCAACUUAUGAUACCCCUUAUCGGCAUAUCGUUUGCGUUCACAAUGUUAGCUUUGAAUUAGACACUGUGACAAUUUCGAGCAAUUCUGUAUUAUUGAGUGCCAAGUCUGAUGUACUGGAGCUUUUAGAGAAAUGCAUUGAAGUUAUGGGUGUGACAAAAUACUUUAAACUGCACCCUAAAAAUGUUAUUAUUUUGUUUGAGAAAAAAAAACAGCUGAUGACAUAAUGCUCUUUAAUCGCUGUAAACACACAUCUGUUGGAUUCAGUCAGAAUCCAAUGAUGAUUUAUUUUAAAUGACAGAGGUGACAGAAAUCCCUCUGAUCACACAAAGCAGUAAGAAGUAGCUUCACUUGCAGAACGCCGGCUCCAGAUAGGACGAGUCUUCACCUCUUUUUUUUUUUAGAUUUUGCAAAAGUGAUGCAUGUGCAUUCAUUGUGUAUUAGAAACAAAAAGCCAAACACAGGACUCUUAAGGUAGUUUCGGUUCCUCAGAGAAACAGAUUUGUCUUCCAGAUGGUGCCAACAGGAACCCGGUGUGAAAAGUGCCACGUUUACAGGGUUACACACGGGAAGCAGACACAUUCAGGAGGAAACGCCGACACACUGAAGUGGACUCACAAAGAAAAAUGUUGGCAUGUGAUGUUUGUUUUCAUUCUUGUUUUUUUUUUUUCUUUGUCUGCCUCUCUCUCUCUCUCUCAGAACACACACGGGCGAGUGAACUGCACGGGCACAACUUGAAUCAAGCUGCCAAUCAGAACCACAUGUUUAUGGGUUCACAUUACUUCCACGUCAAUAAUGCACUGAACAUUUUUUAAUUUAGACAUACUAGAACAUAUAUUUGAUCUCAAGUUUACUUUGCUUUACGUUGUAUAUUUCACCUGUCAAUCAUUCGUGAUGAUGUUCAGAAACAAUCAUGUGUUCGUGUGUCUGCCGUUUGUGCAAACUACAAAUCCUUGAAAAUGUAGAAGAUGAAUAUUUUCUGACCCUGGGGAAGGAGGAGUUGUCACCUUGUGAACUGAUGUAAUAAAAUGAUGCAGUGUGAUGGA